AGGAGACGCGAGAGUCCCUCCGCCGCCGCCGCCGCCAUGUCGGCCCAGGCCCAGAUGCGAGCGCUGCUCGACCAGCUGAUGGGCACGGCCCGGGACGGAGAUGAAACCAGACAAAGGGUGAAGUUUACAGAUGAACGGGUCUGCAAGAGCCAUCUUCUGGACUGUUGUCCUCACGAUAUCUUGGCAGGGACGCGUAUGGACCUUGGAGAGUGUACCAAGAUUCAUGAUUUGGCGCUGAGAGCAGAUUACGAGAUUGCAAGUAAAGAGAGAGACCUGUUCUUUGAGCUGGAUGCGAUGGAUCACUUGGAAUCUUUCAUUGCUGAGUGUGAUAGAAGAACAGAACUGGCUAAAAAACGACUUGCAGAAACCCAGGAGGAGAUCAGCGCUGAAGUGGCUGCAAAGGCAGAGAAAGUGCACGAACUCAACGAAGACAUUGGGAAGCUUCUGGCUAAAGCUGAGCAGCUAGGAGCUGAAGGGAAUGUGGAUGAAUCCCAGAAGAUCCUGAUGGAAGUGGACAAAGUCCGUGCAAAGAAGAAAGAGGCGGAGGAGGAAUACCGUAAUUCUAUGCCUGCAUCCAGUUUCCAGCAGCAGAAGCUGCGUGUUUGCGAGGUUUGUUCUGCAUACCUCGGUCUCCAUGACAACGAUCGUCGUCUGGCUGAUCAUUUUGGGGGCAAAUUGCAUUUGGGCUUCAUUCAGAUCCGCGAGAAAUUGGACCAGUUGCGGAAAACCGUAGCUGAAAAACAGGAGAAGAGAAAUCAAGACCGGUUGAGAAGGAGAGAAGAAAGAGAGCGAGAAGAACGUGUGGGACAACGAUCUGGAUCAAGAAACCGAGAUCGCAGAAGAUCGCGAUCCCGAGAGCGGAGGCGCCGACGUUCCCGCUCCCUUUCCCGCGAGAAGCGAAAAUCCCGUUCCAAGUCUCGGGAACGAGAGAGGCACCGACGCCACCGCAGCCGUUCCGGAAGUCAUAGUCGGGGUCACCGACGUGGAUCCAGAGACAGGAGUUCCAAGCAUAAAUCCUCUAGGGAUCGGUCUUCAAGAGAGAAAUCUCGGGACCGGGAGAAGAAAGAGAAGAGUUCGUCUGAACGGCGGCACGAGAGCACCAAUGGCAAAUCUCGCUCCAAGAGGUCGGAGGAGAGGGAAGCCGGCGAGAUCUGAGCUCCCGCCGCGAGACCCUUCUUGUACUGUAAAUAAGUCUUGAGAAGCAUUCUACACGGCCCAAAUCUCUCAUUUAUAUUAACGGAAGACAGCACAUCCUUUUGUAGUUCUGGAUUUCUUAUCGUUUCUGCAGCUAGCAAUGACAGUUCCCUGCCAUUGACCGAAACUUUGUUUUUAUCAAGCCUAAAGAGAUCCAGCAGCCAAGGAUCCACCCAGAUUAAUAAUAUCUUAGAAGCAGAACACAGCUGCUGGAAGGCUAUCCUACCGGAAGGGAUUGCGAUCCGCUUUAAAAAACAAA